AUAACGAGAGAUAAACUAGACGGCCCUAAAUAGCUCGGCUAUCUCGUUUUAUCGAGUGUUGUGUCUCACUCACACACUGCCCUCUCGCUCGAUACGCCAGUGUCAGUUUUGUCGUCGCUGCGAUACUACGUUUGUCGACCGGUGUUAAAAUAUUUUAUCAUUUUGUCUUAAGAAAGUAUUAAAAAAUAGUAUAUUCAUCCGAUGAAGGAGGAGAUUGAGGAACCCGUUCAUUCAGAGCGGUAUUCUCUAAUGAAAGACGAGGACUGGAUGACCAGGGGCGGAAGCAUCUGGAGCCAUACACAGGAGCGGGCAGUUACUAGAGUCAAGACUUCCAGAUGUCGCGCCACGACAUGCCAGCUGGUUCAGCUGGUCAAGUUCAUGGAGACACACCCUGAACUGGCGGUGUCCCACGCCAAACCCUUCCCGGGCAGCGAUGAGUUGUGGAUGGAGCUAGCUGAGCAUAUCAACCAGUUUGGGCCGCCGAAAAACUACAAGCAAUGCAAGACGCGAUGA